AUGGAGCUAGAGCCUCCCGUUACAGUCACAUCUCUCAGCAACGCACUGCUAGGAACACUCACGGAAGCGCAGGGUAAAGCGCGAGAACAAGCAGUACACUCCAUCGCCGUUAAGGAUCAAACCAGUGUGUCCAGCACCCCAGACGCCUCAAAGUCGGCUUUAAGACGGCUUCCUUCCUUCCUCUCCCCCACUGUCCACCACCAUCCUUCCGACCUUUACCUCUCGACCCUCCUCCUUUGCUGUCCAUCCCUCCCCCCUUCUCUCCCCCCCCCUCCCCUCCCCCCUCCUCCCGCUUCCCCUCCCGCCCCUCUGUUCCAGCGCAGUAUUCGUGAGCUGGCAUCUGCCCUAUCAGCGGACGCCACGUCACUGGAGGGAGUCGCCGCUGCUCGGCUGCGAUUGGGCGAGGAAGCAGCCAAUCAGAAGCUGUUUGGUGCUACGCGGAUAUCUGCCCUGCUUAUAGACGAUGGGCUUAGAGGCGGGGUGGCUCAUAACGGGGAUGUGAACUGGGGGGUGGGAGGAGGAGAAAGCGGAUCGUUUGAACCAGGAGCAGCAACAGAAACAGCAGAAGUUGUGGCAUCAGCAGUAGCGCAAGAGGGAGGGCAGCAGGCAGUUUCCAAGUCAACCCGCAGGCCACCGGAAGUAGAGCAGCAGAGGGAGGCGAAACGGCCAGGAGAAGAGCAAGGAGGAAAUCGGAGGGGAGAGCAGGGAGGAGAAGGGGGAGGAGAGCGGGGAGAGGAGCAGAAGCAGGAGCAGGGAGAGGGGCAAAGAUGGAGGUGGAGGGGCGUGGCAUGGCACGAGUCGCUGGUGCCGGUGGUGCGGCGAGUGCUCAGGCUGGAGACUGUAGCGGAAGAUAUUCUGCUGGGACCUGCGCCAGGUGGCACGUGGACAUUGGGCAGCUUCUCCAAGCAUUUUGGCGACAGGGAUUUGGAUCUGGCAGCAGCCAACCCUCUGUGCCUGCGCUCCCUGCUGGAGUAUAACGAGGGGCUCGUGGAGGUGCCAGUGGGGGAGGUGCCAGAGGGGGAGGCACAUGCGGGGGCACGUGGGAAGGCGCGUGGGUUGGGGUGCAGCCAUGCAAGCUAUGCGGCGCAGAUUGUUCUCCUGCACUCGUGCUAUCCGUUUAUGAGGGAAACUUCGUACCUUGCUUCUGUGUACACCAUGGUGUACGUCGACUGUGGGCUGGUAUUCAGCAAGCUCUCCCUCUCAGGCAUGAAGGCCGCCCUCCUUGACUUGCUUGACCUCGCCCCUCUCACCAAGGUUCGUGCUCGUUGA